AUGUAUAGAAUUGCAAGCAUCUUGUGCUCAGCCGUGCUGUUCGCCUUCGUACUGGCACGUCCGCAGGACUUGGAGCGUGCUGCUGCAACCACAACGCCAGCCACCAUUGUGAAGCAGGAUAAUGUGAACAAUCCGGACGGCAGUUUCAACAGCAGCUACGAGACCUCGAAUGGGAUACGCGUGGAGAACAUUGGCUACCUCAAGAAGAUAAUUAUACCAAAAACGGAAACACCCGAUGGUCAGGUGAUUGACGAGCACGAGGAGCUGGUGCUGGUGCAGACCGGCUCGUACAGCUACAGCGAUCCCGAUGGAAAUGUCAUCACACUGCGCUAUGUGGCCGAUGAGAACGGCUUUCAGCCGCAGGGCGAUCAUUUGCCGGUGCCGCCGCAGUAG